GACAGAAAAGCUAGCUUUGAGAUCAAAGGAAGGGCUGGAGAAGGUAUAAAGAGCAGAUUUCUGGAUGGAAAGUCAGGAGAGGGUCGAGGUGUCAGUCUUCACAGAUGUGGAUAAGGAGCUUUUCAUAAAGGAGAUAUACCCUCUGAGAAAACCGGCAGUGCUCAAGGGAGUGUCUUUAGGACCAUGCCUGGAAAAAUGGACAGUGGAUUACCUUUCAGCAAAGGGAGGUGACCAGGAGGUCAAAGUUCAUGUGUCUUCUGUUCCUCAGAUGGACUUUCUGCAUAAGAAUUUCAUAUACAAAACAUUACGGUUUGACAAGUUUGUCCAGAGAGCUGCAGCUGAAGCAGAGCAUGAAGAAUUCUUCAUUCAUAAGGAUGAGAGUUACUACUUAAGAUCACUUGGAGAUGAUGUUCGUAAGGAGCCUGCUGACCUGAGGAAGCAGUUCCCUGACCUGGCACAAGAUUUCCACAUACCUCCGUUUUUUGAGCCUGAGCAGUUUUUCUCCAGUGUUUUCCGCAUCAGCUCACCUGGCUUACAGCUAUGGACCCACUACGAUGUAAUGGACAAUCUGCUGGCUCAGGUAACGGGGAGAAAGCGUGUCGUUCUCUACAGCCCCCAAGAUGCCUUACACCUGUACCUGUCAGGUGAUAAGUCUGAGGUUUUGGAUGUCGACUCUCCAGAUUUGGAGCGAUAUCCAAAUUUUGUGAAAGCGUGUCGAUAUGAGUGUAUUUUAGAACCAGGUGAUCUGCUCUUCAUCCCAGCCCUUUGGUUUCACAACACGUUGGCUCUUCAGUUCGGCGUUGGAGUCAAUGUGUUCUGGCGCCACCUGCCCCUGGACAGCUACAGUAAGAAGGACCCAUACGGAAACAAGGACCCAGUGGCAGCGGCGUGGGCCCUGCAGACCCUGGAGCGGGCGCUGGGAGCACUGGAUAAACUGCCAGCUGAAUACAGGGACUUUUAUGCUCGCCGCAUGGUACUGUGUAUUCAAAACCGAGCAUAUUCCAAUGAAACAUAACACAAGUGCAGCUGUGUUCUCUCGCAUACAGUAAUGUACCAGACGGGAAAUAAAGACAGAGACUGCAGUUGCUGAUCAUGAUGAAAUGUAUUUGGGACAUUUAAUUAAAGUCACAAUGAUUCCUGGAAAAAGUAAA